AUGUCGCUCAUUACAGACUUUCCAUUCCAUGCUUACUUGGGUGACCUGAAGACCCGCCGUGUGAUGGGCGCCAAGGACGCCGUGUCCCUGUCUCUGCUUGCAUCUGAGGAUAUGUCGGGGAUCGCUUUCGUGGAGGUUCGCACGCGUGCCGGCCAGGAGGAUCGUUCGGCACCUUGGCGUCCAGUUGUAAGAAAUGGUGAGAAUCACGCCACAUUCUACGACACUCGAAUGGGUAACUUCGACGCUAACCCGUUUCCACCACAGACAUGUCAAACGUGCGCAGCGAGCUUGACAGGAAAGUACGGCAAUGAACGUUGUCACGGUCACUUUGGAUUUGUUGGAAUGCCGCGUAUCCGCCCAGGCAGUGCGCAUUCGGACUCCGAUCGCCUUGUCGUUUUGAAUCCGCACCUCGCGAUGGAUGCAGAUCGUUUGUUCCGAGCGAAAUGCUUCUUUUGUCACAAGUUUCGAGCACCAACAUUUGAUGUCGAACGAUUCCGCCAGGCACUGGUUCUGGCCGACCAUGGUUUACCAGGAGAUGCGCUGCAUCUUCUCGACACAGUGCCAACAGCGAAGGGUCACGAUGCUAUGCUGAACCACAGGCGCAUGGCAAAUGAGGAAAUCGUCAACGAUGUAUCCAUCCUUCAGUCGUAUGUUGAUCGUAUCUUAAGGCAGCGCGCUAGUGGAUGCAGUGAGGAGGAUGCGAAAGCAAGAGUGACUAUGGCACAGAAGGGAACUGUGGACGUUCGCAAUGACAUUUGCAACAUGGCGAUUAGUCAUCUAAGAUCAUUCAGUGGUCCUUGUAGCCACUGCACUGCUAUUUCUCCGACCUUCUUGAAGCGCGGCGGUAUUAUUUUCUUUUUAUUCAGGAAAUCGAAUCUUGUGACAAACAUUGCCAAAGGAUUCCUUACCCAGCAAGAGGUAUCUGAGUGGGAGGCUGUCAACCGGCUGCAUGGGAGGACUGGAACAUAUUUUGAUGGUCGUCAAAUGCUUUUUCAUAUGAAAAACCUAUUCGCAAAAGAGCAAGCUAUCCUUGGUUUGCUGUACCCAAAUCUUGGUGAACCGUCGGUUUUCACCAAAACCAACAAGGUUGUCCCAGCGAGUGAAAGGUACAAACUGUUCUUUUUGGACCGUAUUCUCGUACCGCCAUUACCCCUGAGGCUUUCGUCAGGCGUGAGAGUAAAUGAUAAUGGUUUGAUAAUACCCGACGAGCAAACACGUGCUCUUUCCGAUAUAUUGGGGUUUGUUGAGCAGAUUGAGUGCUUCCACACAUUGAGUGCUAAUUCUACAAACGGGCGUAGUUUCAUCACCGAUGCGCAGAGGGCUGUGAAUGAGUCGAACCUCCGCAACCUUCAACAAAAAGUGGAUGAGUUUUAUGCAGAAAUCAUAAAUAGCUUUGCGAAGAAGGAGGGUCUCUUCCGCAUGAAUAUGAUGGGAAAGCGUGUCAAUCAGGCCUGCCGUUCGGUUAUUUCGCCUGAUCCAUUCGUUGAACCGAACGAAGUGCUUUUACCAAGACCACUAGCCCGUGCUUUGUCGUUUCCUGAGCAAGUUACUUGUUUCGCACCAGCUCGCAUGAAUCUGUUGAAACACUGCGUUGUGAACGGGCCACGUAAAUACCCCGGCGCCACACACAUUGAGCUUCGUCAUGCCAACGGUGAGAUCCGUUCUGUUGACCUUAAUGUACCCGAGCAGACACGGCGGCAGCAUGCUGCAAGGUUUUUUGCGAUGGCCCAGAGUGGUGUGACGUUAAUCGUUUAUCGGCACAUUCUUAAUGGUGAUCGCGUUAUAUUCAAUCGCCAACCCACACUCCAUAAACCGAGUAUGAUGGGGUAUCGCGUGAAGGUACUUUCAGGGUCCAAAACUAUUCGCUUUCACUACGUGAAUGGUAACUCCUUUAACGCAGACUUCGAUGGUGAUGAAAUGAACGUUCACGUUCCGCAAAGCAUUGAGACGCGGGCCGAGGUUGAAACGCUGAUGGACGCAAACAUCAACUACCUUGUGCCGACGUCUGGCAGACCGAUCCGUGGUCUUAUACAGGAUCAUGUGGCGGCAGGCGUUUUGGUAACGUUGCGCGACAAGUUCUUUGAUCACUCCACCUUUGUGCAACUGGUGUACAAUGGCGUCGGUCCAUACAUUCAGGAAAACGUUGGCAUAACUCUUGCUGAACUUAUUCCCAUUCCAGCAAUUCUCAUGCCUCGGCCAAUGUGGACUGGAAAACAGCUGAUAUCUGUGAUGGUUCGGUUUUCUAGUGGAUUGUCUGCCGCAAGCGACUGUGGACGGGAGAUAGAGGGCGGAAUCACACUCAAAGGCACUUCACAAAUCCAACCCAGCGCAUUUGACAGAAUACCGGCGGGUAGCUGCGACGCAGUGCGUGUGAAAUCCGGGGCAGUGGUUGAUUCUACUGUCAUGUUUGCGAACAGUGAGCUAAUUACCGGAUUCAUGUGUAAGAAGCAGCUUGGAGCCUCUAAUAUGUCUGCCCCCCACCAUGUCUAUGAGCUUUACGGGCCACAUAGGACGGGACAGUUGUUCGCUGCUUUUGGCCGUGUUCUCCUGCUGGCUCUACGAAAGGAGGGUCUUUCUCUUGCGAUGGACGAUAUGUUCCUCGUUGAUGAAGAGCGCCGAUGCGACUUGCUUAGGAAGCUUGAUGAUAUAGCGUUGGAUGUUCCAGAUGAAGAGGCCACUGCUGCACCGAUGAUUGCAGAUUAUGCAACAAAGAUUCAGCAGGAGUUUGUUCCGCAGCGCAUGCUGGUGCCCUUCCCAAAGAAUCAUCUUCUUCUGAUGACUAUUUCAGGUGCGAAAGGGAGCAACCUGAACGCCACACAAAUGUCACUGCAGUUGGGCCAGCAGCUGUUCGAUGGACUGCGCGUUAAGCGUAUGAACUCUUCCAAGACGCUUCCGUCCUUCUUCACUAAUGAAAAGCGUGCCCGGUCCUUUGGGUUUGCUAUGGGUUCCUUCGCCUCAGGGAUCAGACCAGCCGAGUAUACCAUUCAUGCAAUGGCUGGUCGCGACGGCCUUAUUGAUACCGCUGUGAAAACCUCCCGUUCUGGUCACUUGCAACGCUGCCUCAUCAAAGGUCUCGAAAGCCUUGUGGUCCAUUGGGACCGUACGGUGCGUGACUCCAACGGCAGCGUUAUCCAAUUUAUGUAUGGGGGUGACGGACUUGACCCGUGCAAGGCUUCUACGCUUACGGCGUGGGAGAUGAUGAAGGAUAACGUAGUUGAUGUUUCCAAGCGAUUCGGAGGAGAUGCCUCAGAAAGUGUUGCCGGUGCCGAGGAUGGCGCGGCGGCAGGGUUGGAGGAGAUGCGAAACGAAGAUGGAAAGCCCACGACUGAGGCCGUGCAAAAUGCGCAUAUGGAGCAGCAACUAUCCACGUAUCCUCUUCCGGCCUCACUCGACAAGAGUUUGUCUGAGUAUCUGUGCAAAAAAGCAGAUUUCCCGCUCUUCCGCAAGGUGUCGACGCUAGCCCGUUGGGAUGCGAAACAGCAGCUAAAAGAGAGGUUACAGCAAAGGCGCCAGAAGUGGGUUGGUGCCUUCGAAAAAACGCUUGCAGACAUUACUGCCCGCAGGCGUCUGUGGGCAUUGUGCGAACCCGGUGAGCCCGUUGGCCUCCUUGCAGCGCAAGCAGCUGGUGAGCCGUCAACACAGAUGACCCUCAACACAUUCCACACUGCUGGUUCAACUGUCUCCCACGUGACGGAGGGUAUUCCUCGACUCCGCGAGUUACUGAUCUACGCCUCCGUUAAUAAGGCGGCUGUUGUUGUACCCGUUACUAAUGCUACAGAGGAAGACGAGAAAGUAAUCGCCAAAAUGCUUCGUGCAGGUGUCGCCGCAAAACUGACCGACUGUCUCGCGAAGGUCACAGAUGGCGCUGGUGGCCAAAGCGCUUCCAGCUCGAUGCAGCGGAACUUAAACACUGGCUUUGGUAAGGGCUACCACUAUCACGUUGCGCGAGGCCGCACUGGUAUGGUGAUUACGGUGUCUUUCCUGUUUUCGCGCUCGUGUUUGGAGGAGUUGCGUAAGCGCAUGUGUAUGUCACCAUCUGAACAUCGACAAUCUUUUACUGAAGCACUAAAGAAUGUUGUGCGGCUCAUCAUGAGGUCACUGAGCGCCGUUCCACGCGAGAAGGAAAGCGGUGACGGUUCAGGGAACACUGGAGGGAUGAAAGGGGGAAGUGGGCGCGCCGACAGGAAGAGAAAGCGAUCAGGCCCGGACGAUGGCGGUGGUCCUCUUGGGGGUACUUUCGGAGACGAAAUUAUGCGCAUUGAAGAGGGAACCGAUUCUGAUGAUGGCAUGAGCGAGAGGAGCAGUAUAGGUGGGGGUCGGGCUGGCUCGGAGGUCUCAUCUCUACACUCGGAUGGAACCGAUACCAGGGGCAUAGCAGGAAGCGAUACGGGCGGGCCGCAGCGACGGAGGGGCUCUGUUGAAAGUGGCCGCGGUGACGAUGCUUCUGACAGUGAGGCAGCUGACCCCGACUUAUAUGCCAGACGAAGUGGCUCUCCGGCGAGGGAUGCGGAGGAUGGAGAUGAGAUGCAGGAUCGGGACGGCACGGAUUGGGGAGGAACGUCGAUGCAAGGUGUGGUGGGAUAUGACAACUUCCCAGAGAUUCACAUGAGUUUCACCAAGUCAAAUUUCGGUGCUGUUAUUGCUCCCCUUAGUACUGCUGCAGCGGCCCGAGAUGGGGUUGUGCAACUACACGAAGACUUUUUCAUAGUUAAUGCUGUGCUGCGCACGCCCUCGGACGUCAUUGCCGUCAUUCCGGACGUUGUGGAUAAUGCUUUGGAGGCGCAGAGAAUGCCCUCGUGGUUACCUCAAUUCGGGUCCCUCACUUUCACUCGACUGAAAGAUAAAGGAUCUGGCCAGCUUGUUUUCCAAGGACCUGGCUCGACAAUGCGGAAUGUGAUGUCUUUCCUUUCCCUUUUCACCGUUGGCAUAAAAUCGAUAAAACUUCACCAAGCUUGCUCCACUGAUAUUCGGGAUAUGGGAACAUACUUCGGCAUUGAGUCUGGAUACGCUGCGCUUUACGAUGAGCUCAAUAAACUAUUCAACCGCUACAAUGUCGACCCGCGGCACUUGUCGCUCAUCGCCGAUACGUCUACCCACCGAGGGCGAUGGGAGAACUUCAAUUUCACUGGUGUCAUAUCAACGAGCGCGAGCCCACUGUUUCAGAUGACAUUUGCCUCGUCGAAGCGCUGGUUGCACAGAGCGGUGAGUCGGGGAAUGAGUGACGACCUCGAGUCCUUUAGUUCUGCCAUCAUGGUGGGGGAACGCCCUCGUGUGGGAACGGCGUCCGUGCGGCUCUCGACUGAUACGGCGAUUUUGCGGGAUGUGCUCGAGAGGAACUUUGCAUAA